AUGGCGCUUAAACCGAUGUGUUCUGUGGUUGUGGUGCAUCUUGUAGUGUAAAAUUGAAAUGAAUAUUGAAAGUACAGUGAUGUGAUUUAUAUGAAAUCUAAUAAGAAUUAAGUGUUUUAUUCGAAUAUUGGUUGAGAUAAAAGCCCAAACUAUUUUAAAAGGAAGGAACUCCUGCUUAAAUGGGAGAAUAAAUAAACACUAAUGUGGAGCAAAGUCACAGGACUACAUCAAUUUACAAGACAAACCAAUUCUCAAGCAUUUGAGUUGAAAGUAACAAACCUACGAAUCGAUGAAUCCCCAAAAUAAUAUCGACCUCUCCCUGCCCUCGAGUAUUGCUAUUUUAAAAAUGAACGAUCUGCCACAGCUUUCAUCUGUUGGCCUCCUUGAACUGGCUCAUCGAGAAUACCAAGCAGGCGAUUAUGAGAAUGCUGAGCGACAUUGCAUGCAGUUGUGGAGACAGGACCAAACUAACACAGGUGUACUUCUCUUACUCUCGAGCAUACAUUUUCAGUGUAGGAGGCUUGAUAAGUCUGCUCACUUCAGUACUCUGGCAAUAAAGCAAAAUCCACUAUUAGCUGAAGCGUAUAGUAAUUUGGGAAAUGUAUUCAAAGAAAGGGGUCAACUUCAAGAGGCAUUGGAUAACUAUAGACAUGCUGUUAGGCUGAAACCAGAUUUCAUUGAUGGUUACAUCAAUCUUGCAGCUGCUUUGGUGGCAGCUGGUGAUAUGGAACAAGCGGUUCAAGCAUAUAUAACAGCUUUACAGUAUAAUCCUGACUUAUACUGUGUUCGCAGUGAUUUAGGUAACCUGUUAAAAGCCCUUGGUAGAUUGGAUGAAGCAAAAGCAUGCUAUCUGAAAGCCAUCGAAACCAGACCUGAUUUUGCUGUUGCUUGGAGCAACUUGGGAUGCGUCUUCAAUGCACAGAGUGAAAUUUGGCUUGCAAUUCACCAUUUCGAAAAAGCUGUAGGUCUCGAUCCCAACUUCUUAGAUGCUUACAUAAAUUUGGGGAACGUUCUGAAGGAGGCUCGGAUAUUUGACCGAGCUGUAGCUGCUUAUUUGAGAGCUCUUAAUUUAUCGCCCAACAACGCUGUUGUACAUGGAAAUCUCGCCUGUGUCUAUUACGAACAGGGUCUUAUCGACUUAGCAAUAGAUACCUAUCGCAGAGCAAUAGAAUUACAACCCAACUUCCCUGAUGCAUAUUGUAAUCUAGCUAAUGCACUGAAGGAAAAAGGACAAGUUGCAGAAGCCGAAGAAUGCUACAACACAGCUUUACGUUUAUGUUCAACCCACGCAGAUUCUUUGAAUAAUCUAGCAAACAUCAAGAGAGAGCAAGGUUAUAUAGAGGAGGCAACUCGUUUGUAUUUGAAGGCACUGGAAGUUUUCCCUGAAUUCGCUGCUGCACACAGCAAUUUAGCAUCAGUUUUACAGCAACAGGGCAAGUUAAAUGAAGCUUUAAUGCAUUACAAAGAAGCAAUUCGUAUUCAACCUACAUUCGCUGAUGCUUAUUCAAAUAUGGGUAAUACUCUUAAAGAAAUGCAAGAUGUAUCUGGAGCCCUGCAAUGUUAUACAAGAGCAAUACAAAUAAAUCCAGCGUUUGCUGAUGCUCAUAGCAAUCUAGCCAGCAUUCAUAAAGACUCCGGCAAUAUACCAGAAGCUAUACAAUCGUAUAGAACUGCUUUGAAAUUGAAACCAGAUUUUCCUGAUGCAUACUGCAACUUGGCCCACUGUUUACAGAUUGUGUGCGAUUGGACUGAUUAUGGAGUGAGAAUGAAGAAAUUAGUCAGCAUUGUUGCAGAUCAAUUGGAGAAGAACAGGCUACCUUCAGUGCACCCUCAUCAUUCCAUGCUCUACCCCCUGUCACAUGAAUUUCGCAAAGCCAUCGCUGCUAGACAUGCAAACUUAUGCCUAGAAAAGAUUCAUGUAUUGCAUAAACAUCCAUACAAAUUCUCUACUGAAACUGGUGCAAGGCUCAGAAUUGGAUAUGUCAGUAGUGAUUUCGGAAACCAUCCUACAUCUCAUUUGAUGCAGUCCGUUCCUGGUCUUCAUGAUAGAUCCAAAGUCGAAAUAUUCUGCUACGCUUUGAGCACCGAUGAUGGUACAACUUUCAGGAGCAAGAUUUCCAGAGAAGCAGAUCAUUUUAUAGACCUAUCGCAUAUUCCUUGCAAUGGCAAGGCCGCUGAUAAAAUUUAUCAAGACGGAAUACAAAUUUUAGUCAACAUGAACGGAUAUACUAAAGGUGCGAGAAAUGAAAUAUUUGCACUUCGACCAGCUCCUGUUCAGGUUAUGUGGUUGGGAUAUCCCGGAACAAGUGGGGCUAGCUUUAUGGAUUAUUUGAUUACUGAUGCAGUAACUUCUCCAAUUGAACUGGCGAGUCAGUAUAGUGAGAAAUUGGCUUACAUGCCCUACACUUAUUUUGUUGGAGAUCACAGGCAAAUGUUUCCACAUCUUAAAGAAAGACUCAUUUUGAGCGAUAGAAGCAACUCGUCUAACUACAACCUUGCAGAUAAUGUAGCCAUCAUAAAUGCCACGGAUUUAUCACCAUUAGUGGAGAAUACUGAAGUUAUUGAAAUAAAGGAAGUUGUUAGAGCUGCCAAACCUGUAGAAAUCAGUCUGAAGGUAGCUGAAUUGCCUACAACUACUCCAAUCGAGAAUAUGAUUGCUUCAGGACAAGUUCAAACCUCUUUGAAUGGGGUAGUUGUGCAGAAUGGACUAGCAACUACACAGACAAACAAUAAGGCAGCAACUGGGGAAGAAGUACCUCAAAGCAUAGUCAUCACGACUAGACAACAAUAUGGACUACCUGAUGAUGCCAUUGUUUACUGUAAUUUCAAUCAGCUCUACAAAAUUGAUCCAACAACUCUUAAAAUGUGGGUCAACAUUUUAAAAGCUGUACCUAAUGCAGUUUUAUGGUUAUUGAGGUUCCCAGCAGUAGGCGAACCUAAUUUACAAGCCACCGCUCAGCAACUUGGUCUACCUCCUGGAAAAAUUAUUUUUAGUAAUGUUGCCGCCAAAGAAGAACAUGUUAGACGAGGUCAAUUGGCUGAUGUAUGUCUAGACACGCCUUUAUGUAACGGCCAUACCACGAGUAUGGAUGUAUUAUGGACAGGUACACCAGUAGUAACGUUGCCAGGGGAAACUUUAGCUUCAAGGGUAGCUGCAAGUCAGUUGAGAACCUUGGGAUGUCCUGAAUUGAUUGCAAAGUCAGAGAUUGAUUAUCAAGAUAUUGCUAUAAAGUUGGGAACUGACAAAGAAUAUUUGAAGGCUAUGAGGCAUAAGGUUUGGGCAGCUAGAACAACAUCCCCCUUAUUCGAUUGUAAAAUUUACGCACAAGGCUUAGAACUAAUUUAUUCUAAAAUGUGGCAACGUUUCGCUGCUGGUCUCAAACCUGAUCAUAUUACUGAUACAACUGUGGAGAAAUAGAUUAUUUUUGAAUAUUUAUUUAAUGUAGAUAUGUAUUUUUCUCAGUGAUAUAUUUGCUAUAAGUAAUAACUGAAAAGACAUUCGAAUGACAUUAUGUGACGUAGUGUAAUUAUUGGCAUUAACUCAAAAGUGACAUGAUUAUACCAUUGUGUGCAGCAGAUGUGAAGAAUUACUGGUAAUUUAUGAAUGAACAAUGAUUGAUAAUCGCCCCUUAUGAAGUACCUAUAAUUUGAAAAUUGUAUGCAUUCAGAAUGACGUAAAAUAUUGAAUUAUAUAAAAAAGUUUUCUCAUAUAAGAUAACUUUUCUUCAUUAAGAAAUAUAAUUGGGUUAGUUUUCUUACAAUAGAAACCUUAGUUAUAGGACUUGAACUGAUAUUGAAUCACCUUAGCCAAAUCCGAUUUUAAAUUAUUAUUCCACAAGAAAAAAAGUUUUUAAGUUAUUAUAAUUCGAGUCAAAUAAAAUUUGAACAACAAUUUUGUUUUAUUAGAAUUAAUAAUUUGGCUAAUAUUUUAUUGAUAUAAAUAUUAUAGUUACUUAUGGUCCUAGUGUAUUGGAAUAGAUAUAUACCACAAAUAUGUGAGGCUAGUAGUACAAGUGUAUAAGAUCUAA